AUGAUGUCGAGCGGCCGCCGGCUCCCGCCGCCUCUCGCCGCGCCCCGGGCUCGGUCCGGGGCCGCCGCUGCGCCCUGGAGCGCGCCGCGCCGCCGGGGUCCCGCUCUCCCGCCGCCCGUCCCCCGGGCCGGGCUCCUCCCGCCUUCUCCAGGCGCUGCUCCCACUUCAGGCGGCCCCUGCCAGCUGCAACAGACAAAUCGCCGAAGCGGGGGAGACAUUCAGGGCUUCGGGAUGCUGAAGCCUCGGGGUCCCCAUUCCCGAGCCCAACCCGCGCGCCGCCUGCGCGUGGCGCAGUUACUUUGGCUGUGUGGCUGACAGGGUCUUCAUGCUCCGGCCGGUGUCAGGCCUGUGCCUCUGAGGUGGGAGAGCUGAGUUCAGGACAUUGGCCCACCAGAGACCUACCGGCUC